UGCGAGAAACGUGUGUUGUGGUUACUGUUUAGUGUGAGCGCUGGACGGUAGACGCGUAGUUGUCGUUUCAUCCAUUGUUCACGACGCCGUCAUUUUGUAAAUUUGUUGCCGCAGCGUCUUACUGGCGAGUGCCGACAUUUUAUUUUGCUGUUCACUCCGUGUCCCGUGCGUGACGUUUGUCGAGACGCUAUUUUUCUAGAGCAGUAGCCAUAUUUAGUUGUUAUUUACUACUACAUUUUCAAGUGAGUUCCUAUCGUGUGCGUGCGUUGUACACUCCACAUCAGUAAUAAUUAUUAUUUCGCAAACGUCUUCGGAUUCGAUUUAUCACACGUGGAAUUCUGUCUAGGUACUGUUAUUCAGGAGUUUUAAAUAUGUCGAGCGAACUGGAUCAAGGAAAAAUUGAUGAAAGUGUACCUGUGGUUCUCCUAAAAGAAUCUGAAAUAAAAAAGGAGGAAAUUGAAUCAAUAAAUCUUAUAAGUGAUGAAGAAGAAGAAGAAUUAUCAAACAUACACUUCUUACCUUUACCUAUACCUGAAGCUGUGCCUUUACCAAGAUCAUGCCUUGAUAAUCAGGAUAAAUCAGAUGAUGAACCGCCGCGCUGUAAAUCUGUACCGUCAUCUGUCCCUAUACCCAUCGAAGGCUGUUUAACUAUUAAGUUGGCUGAACGAUGUUCAUCUAUGCCAAAGGAUAUUAAGAAGUUCAUAUUAUCUCCAGUAAUUAUAGAUUACAUUACUAUUUCUGAUUCUGAUUCUGAUAGUGAUAGUGAAUCUUCAAUAGAAUAUAAACCAAAACCAUGUCUUAAGCGCAAAAGAAGUCUAAUUCCAAUAAACCCGGAUUUUGAAAAUACCCGAAAAACUAUGAAACCAGGACCUAAGUCAAAAACAAGAAAUAUUGCCACUGUUCAUGAAAUGAUAACUAAGGCUAGAAUGUUAGAAUCAGGAGUGACACUUGACUGCAGUGACACUUCUGAUGAUGAAAUGAUGUGGGAAGCUGAUGCAGAAGAAGAAACCGACUUAAGUGAUGAUGAAAAUGUUAGUGAUGAAGAUGCGGAAGAAGAGGAAUCAAAAAUUGAUCCAAAUGAAGAUAUCAUAAGUAUUACUUCUUCAACUGACGAUGAGAUGGAGGAUUUAGAUCCUGAGGUUGGAGAACUAACAAUGAGUCGCGAGGAAUCCAUUUCCUUUGAUGAUGCUGAAAUAGGAAGAGUUCUUUUAAGUUUAAGUAAUAAAAUUGAAUCAUUAAAUGAUAAGACUAAUGAAGAUGAGGUAUCAGAAAAUCUUAUUGAUUCAAAUAAUGAUAAAAAAGCAUUGGAAAAUAAUGUCAACGAACAAAGCAAACUAGAAGACAAGAACUUGGAACAUAAAGAAUUGAUGAAUAAAGAAAUUGAUUUGAAUAAAAUAACUGGAGAUGAAAUAUUAGAGAAUAAUGUCAACGAACAUAAUGAAUCAGAAGACAAGAACACGGAAAACAAUGUAUUGAUUAAUAAAGAAAUUGAUUCAAAUAAAAUAACUGGAAAUGAAAUAUUAGAGAAUAAUGUCAACGAACAUAAUGAAACAGAAGACAAGAACAUGGAAAACAAUGAAUUGAUGAAUAAAGAAAUUGAUUCAAAUAAAAUAAAUGGAGAUGAAAUAUUAGAGGAUAAUGUCGACGAACAAAAUGAAAUAGAAGACAAGAACAUGGAAAACAAUGAAUUGAUGAAUAAAGAAAUUGAUUCAAAUAAGAUAACUGGAGAUGAAAUAUUAAAAAAUAAUGUCAUCAAUUGUAACACAGUAGAAGACAAUAACUCGGAAAACCAAGAAUUGAUAAAUAAAGAAAUUGAUUCCAAUAAAAUUACAGAAGAUGAAAAUUACAAUAAUGAAAUAUUAAAUAAUAGCUUAAUUGAUCCAAAUGAAAUAUAAAAAAAAUUGGAGAGU